AAUGUCAUCACAAAAUGAUAAUUCUGAAUCUUCUACCUUUUCAACUUCUGGAUUUUCUACCUCUGGAGUUUCAAGUUUCGCAAAAUGGAUAAAAAGUCAAUUAUCACGUAGUGAUAAAUCAUCUAAAGAAAAAUCUACAAAACCUUUUUCACCUUUAAAAAAUCCCACAAGAGUUUUUGCCACCUUUCCUGGUCCUUCAAAAUUUUCCUCAAAACUUUCUCGUAAAGUUGUUGAGAAAAGUUUGAAACGUUCAAAGUCUUUAACAUCACCAUCUGCAAAUAAUAAUAAUACUACCACCACACAUAACGCGGCCACACAUAAGACGGCCACGAAUAAAAGGGAUAAGAAUAAUCCAACGGUGAAAAAGAAACGUCCAAAUAGUAUUUGUGCAGAACCAAAUUUUUGGGUUAAUGAAGAAAUUCUUGAAAGUGACGAUCUCAUACCGAAGACCAUAUUUUCAGAGCCGAAUAUUUAUGAACUAUCACAAAAAGAUUUUGUAUCAGGACCUUCCAAAGAAGAUUGUUUGGAAAAUACUUUUAUCGUUCGUGGAUCUAUUGAACAUUUUGCUUAUCAGCACGAAGUCGACCAAGACCUUUUUAUCAAGCUUUUAUGUUAA